AUGAUCAAUCGCGAUAUCUACCUGUUAAUAUUUCUAUCAGUCGAUCUGUCGAUUCUAUUGGGCCACGUAGCCGGUUCUAAGGUGCUACAAAUUCGCGGGAUACCUAUCGCGAAAAAUUCCCUUUAUCCGCCUGAUCGUGAUUUCCAGUGUCUCGACGGAAGUUUGUUGAUACCGUUUUCCCACGUUAACGAUAAUUAUUGCGAUUGUGCCGAUGGUAGCGAUGAGCCCGGUACGCCUGCCUGCGCUAACGGUUUGUUCUACUGCGAGAAUUCUGGUCACAAGCCUCGCUACAUACCUUCCACCUGGAUAAACGAUGGUAUUUGCGAUUGUUGCGAUGCCAGUGACGAAUAUAAUUCAGGUAAGGUAUGUCCGAACAAUUGUAACGAACUCGGCAGAGAAGCCAGGUUGGAACAGCAAAAGGCAGAGGAAUUAGUCAAAGAGGGUAAUAAAAUAAGAGUCGAGAUGAUUGCUAAGGGUAAACAAUUGAAGACAGAUUAUGAGGCGCGUUUAAUUAAAUUACGGAGUCAUCAUGGGGAAGCUGAGCUGACUAAGAAGGAGAAAGAAUUAUUGAAAACUCAGGCAGAAGAACGCGAAAGCGCUGCCUUGGAGAAGUACAAACCAGUUGAACCGGAACAGCCUGCAGCAGAGGAAGGAGAGGAGGAAGAAGAAUUGCACGAAUCAGAUGCAGAGGAUUAUUUUAAGCUAUUAGACUCUGAUAAUAGCGGGACUGUAACAAUUGCAGAGCUACAGACUAGAGUAACAUUUGACAAAGACAGGGAUGGAGUUAUAACCGAAGAAGAAGCAUUAUAUUUCUUGAGUAAUCAAAAAGAAGUCAAUCUUCAGGAGUUCAUGGAUUCAGCAUGGGCAAAUAUCAAGCCUUUUGUAAUGCUAGAGCAGGGUGUAUUUAAAGCAGCUAACCAAAAGGGAGAAGAAGCUCGUGAUUCUGUGGAUGAAGGGGCAGAGCAGGAUAAGGAAGAGGAUGAUGGUAACGAGGGAGAAGAAGUAGGCGAAGAACAAGAGAAAAUUGAAGAAAAAUCUGUACAGUAUGAUGAAGAAACGCAAGCUAUCAUUGACGAAGCAACAGUUGCUCGCGAGAAUUUCCAAGCGGCAGAAAAAUCCGUGAACGAGCUGCUAUCGGAAAUUAGGGAACUCGAAGAGAAAUUGGAUCGCGAUUACGGUCCCGAACACGUAUUUGCUCCGUUGCACGGAGAAUGCUUCGAAUAUACAGACUUAGAGUACGUGUACACGUUGUGCAUAUUUGGAAAAGCGACGCAAAGAUUGAAAUCAGGAGGCGGCGAUAUCAACUUAGGUAAUUGGUACGACUGGGUUGGACCAGAGAGCCACAAGUACUCAAAGAUGAAGUACGACCGUGGCCUUACCUGUUGGAACGGACCUGCGCGUUCAACUAUUGUUAAUCUAAGCUGUGGUAAAGAGAACAAAUUGAUCUCUGUAACGGAACCCAACCGAUGCGAGUACGCUAUGGAAUUUACCACACCUGCGCUAUGCAACCCCAACAUCGAAUCCGCUGACACACACGACGAAUUGUAAAUUUCGUUGCGCAUAAACAGGCGCGAGUCAACUCCACGAUACAACACACGACUUGUGUAAUUUUGAAAUCUAAAGUAUAAAAAUUGCAAGGAUAAAUAACGACUACCGUCGACCUCCGGUAUAUUAAGCCUGUGUCUGUCAAACGUUCCCACGUAUUAGUGUAAAAAAAAAACAAAAUUUACAACGGUCAUGAUUUGCGCAACGUGUUUUCUAUUUUUCAUUUUAUUAUCAAAGAUAAAUAGUAAAUGAUAAGCCGUCGUACAGAGCCUAGUCACAGCCCUGCGCGUUACCAAAUGAUAAUUCCAUGAAACUGUUUUACCCGCGAUCGGUUAUUGAUCCUUGCAUUAGAAAUUCCUCGUUGUUUCGCGUCGGUACAUACACAAGCUCGGUUUGCUUUGAACAGUAGAAAAGUUUAUCGAGAGACACUUAAUAUCCGUGAUACGCGAAUGGAACUCGUUGUUGCGCGGUCAUUAUCAAUAUUAUGUCGCUAUUGUACAUUCCUGUUUUUUCUACAAGACGAAUUUCUACGAAGCGAUUUACACAAACGACACACAAAAGAAACUAAUUUCAAUUCACGCUUCGUUACCUCGCCAGUUAAGGUCUAUGUAAUUAAUACUAUUACUACUUUCACCGAAGUAGACGAACUGAACAAAAAGAUAUCACAAUUGAGAAAAAGAACCAUAUUUAAAAUUUUUAACUGCCACGCGUAACGUAGAUACCGUAUUUAGCGUGUCGAUUAUUACUAAGUGAAGUAUUUUGUAAUUUUUUAAAGGUGCGUACACGUGUCGAUGCAUCAAAAUAUGCGGGUUCAAUAAAGAGAGAAAAAAGGAUUCUGUUGUCAAACUGUAA